AACAUUAUCCAGUUAGAUUUUUUUUUUAAUCUACCCUUUGUACCAGGCAACAGUACAUGUGAAACUAUGAUCAGGCUGAUCAUUAUUCAUCCAUCUGAUCAAGUGGAACUGAUUCAUGAGAACAUGGAUAGAAAGUGGACAAAGUUUUUUGUGGUGACACUAAUAAGUAUUUAAUUAUGUUUACUGGUGAUAAUGCAGUGUAUUGAGGGAGAUUUUUACUGUGUCUUUUAGGGGGUAUUGGCCACACCUCAGUUUUGAUGUGUUGAGCCAUAAUGGUGAAGUUGGCUGAAAGACUAUUGCUUAGCUAGAGUGCUCAAAGUCUUGGUUUCUCCAAACUUCCCAGUCAUUGUUUUAUAGCAUAAUGCCUAAAAAAAACCCAUCCGUGUAGUACUCUGUGUAUUAUAUUUACAUUUUCAGCAUUUAGCAGACACCCUUAUCCAGAGCGACUUACAUAAGUACUUUGUAAUCUCUAUCAAAACAUAUAUUUAUGGUAUUUAAUAAGAACACCAUCAAGUUAAAUCCCUGUUAGGGGAGGUUAGUAUUGGAAUAAAAGAAAAUACACGUCAAUUUUUAAAUAACAAACUAAAGGUGCUUGGUGAACUGGUAAACGUAUGCUAUUGUUUUCACUAAUUCACGUGAGAAGCAGUACACUACUGAACGUUUCUAAUUGUGUAUUUUCUUUUUAAAUUGUGUAAGUCCAAAUGCCUGCCUGUCAGAGACCGUGUGCUGUGGUGUGUGAGUUGAAAAACAGUCAAAGUUAAAGACAAAAAUCAAUGCCUUCAUAAAUCCCUAAACCUGAGGUUACAAGUGCUGCAGUUAUUUUCAACUACGUACAAACGGCGCUCCAUCUAAGAAAGGAACCGGAAAUACGUCAUUUGUUGUCUACGCAUACUCGCGUCGGUUCGGUUGUUUGCAUUAAUGGAGGCUUUUUGGUGUUUGUAGUUUUAGCCUUGGUGCUUGCCUGUCUGGUGCUAACUAAUAGCAAGCGGUCGGGCAGUAAAGCAGAGGCCGUGAGUCGGCCGGUCUGUCCGUUUGUUUUGUUCAAGACGGAGCCGCCAAGCGCGACGCUGCCAUUAUGAGCUCGGACCAACCGAGCGACAGCAGCGACCCAGAGGAAGCUCGGCUCAAUCGCGACCCCGACCAGCUGUUCCGAAAGGACGAGAGCGAGGAAGAGGAGGAGGGAAAGGAUGUCCGCUCGAGACCGUCGUCUCCCGAGAGUAGGCACGACAAUUCCCGAACUCAGGGUAGCUCGCGGCCUGAAUCCGCGGCGGACGGCGGAGCUCCGAGCGCCGGCUUCAGGACCUCAAGUGCGCGCGACUCGCUCUUCUCAUGGCUGCGGAACCGGAGUGUGCGCAGAGGGCCGUUCGUGGAUCCGGUCCGGGAUAACUUUAGGACUAUGACGCGCCUUUAUUCAUCCAUGAGCCCCGCUACGGACUCGAUGAACCUCAGCACGCAAACUCACGGUGCUGUGUUUAAUCUGGAGUACUCGCCGGACGGGUCGGUGCUGACUGUGGCCUGUGAGCAGACAGAAGUGCUGCUGUUCGACCCCGUUUCAUCCAGACACAUCAAAACGUUGGUGGAGGCUCAUGAGGACUGCGUGAACAACAUCAGGUUUCUGGAUAACCGGUUGUUUGCCACCUGUUCUGAUGACACCACCAUUGCACUGUGGGACUUGAGAAAGCUGAACUCAAAGGUGUGUUCGUUGCACGGCCAUGCUAGCUGGGUGAAGAAUAUCGAGUAUGACACACACACUCGCUUGCUUGUUACAUCUGGCUUUGAUGGAAAUGUCAUCACCUGGGACACCAACAGGUUCACAGAAGAUGGCUGUCCCCAUAAGAAGUUCUUUCACACACGCUACCUGAUGCGGAUGCGUCUAACUCCAGAUUGCAGUAAGAUGCUCAUCUCCACCUCCUCUGGUUACCUGCUUAUCUUGCAUGACCUUGACCUCACUCAGAGCCUAGAAGUCGGAAGCUAUCGCAUUCUACGGGCCCGACGCGCCCCACUCAGCACAGAAGGUUCUUCAACAGGCUCCAGGACGUCAGGCUCUCGCCAUGGCAACGACAGCAAAGCCCAUCCUCAUAGAGAAGGUUUGUCUCCUAGGAACAGUCUGGAGGUUUUGACCCCAGAGAUCCCGGGUGAGAGGGACCGGGGGAAUUGCAUCACUUCACUGCAGCUGCACCCCAAAGGCUGGGCCACACUCCUGCGCUGCUCCAGCAACAUGGAUGACCAGGAGUGGACGUGUGUGUACGAGUUUCAGGAGGGAGCUCCUCCUCGGCUGCCAGUCUCGCCUCGCGGCUCUCUGCGGCUCACGCACUACAUCGAGGAGGCCAACGUGGGCCGCGGCUACAUCAAGGAGCUGUGCUUCAGCCCGGACGGUCGCCUUAUCUGCUCUCCGUAUGGUUACGGCGUGCGUCUGCUGGCCUUCGACGAGCACUGUGCGGAGCUAGAGGAGUGUGUGCCUGAGCGGACGGCGCUGCUGCGUGAAGUUCGCUCAAUCUACUCUCACAGUGACGUGGUGCUCACCUCCAAGUUCUCGCCCACACACUGUCAGCUGGCCUCAGGCUGCCUCAGCGGACGUGUAGCACUCUACCAACCCCACUUUUAACACACUCAAACACACAGAUUUCUGGCAGGUUGACCCUUCGAGGGGUUCAUGUUCACAGUGUCACGGUGUGAGUGCAAGUUUGUGUAAAUGAUUUGAGUGUUUUUACCGCAGUUUGUUUUGUGUUCUUUAAACUGUGUAAUGUCUCCCGUUUUUGAAUGUACAUGUGCAGUAAUGAGACAAAUAGCCAUUAAAUGGUCUUCAGAGUGCAUGCCUCUGAUUUGGGGGCGGGGGUGCAUGCAGAGUGCUGGAUUGUGCUCAUGGUGUGGUAGUAAGACUGCAGGGUUUCUUUUGCAGUCUUUUUUCCUUUGCAUAUGACCUCUCUGGUGUCAAAGCCUGACCUGCAUGUCUAAUGCUAACCUCCCUCUACAACAGUGUCUUUAACAUGUAAAGUUGCACUGAAUGUAAGCAGUACAAACUGUUUUUGUUGUAAUGGAUGGAGCUUUCAGCUUUUUGCCAAAUGUUUUUAUUUGUAUUAUUUUUUUAUUUUAUUUUUUUUUAAGCAGCAGUGUUCACGCAGCUCCGAAAUGAGUGGUCAUUCGUGUGAUUGUGUCUUACAUUUGAAAGGCAACUUGCCUCCUGAGACACUAAAUUAAGACAGUUUUUAUGAUAUUGGGGGGGUUGAUCUGUAGAUAGUUGAAGCAGUACAUUUGUGUGAGUGUGUUUCAAAGUAUGUGCAUCUGCUGGUAGAUAAUGUAAGUGCAGACGAUGAUUUUUGUGUGAGUGAGAAUAGAUAGUGAGUAGAGACUAUUAUACUAGAAUUCCUCUCUGUCUUCUUACACACCAACACUCCCAGAUGGAACAAGCUCUGUCAGCAUUGCUGUCUAUACCUCAAAUUCGUGCUGUCUCAGAAGUACGCGCACACUCGCCGUUCGCGAUUCUGAAGCUGAGCCAUCAUGUUCUAGGAAUUGCAGACACAGAGGACUAUGGGAAAUGACGCUAUUACUGCGUCAAAGUCUUACACUUAUGUUGGAACAGCAUAACGUACACUGUCUUUAUUUUAGCCUCCAAAUUAAAUGGAACUGAGGAGGAUUUGGUUCUUCUGCAAUGUUUAGAUUCCAUAACUAAAACAUCUGGAAUGGGGGAAUGGAGGAAGAGGGUCACAGAGAGCAUGGCAUUCCUGCGCUUAGCUGUGCUCCACUAAGCCACAGAGUCAUGAUAGUGGUACAAAACAAUAAAGUUUUUGUCACUCUUUGC